AUUGAGAAUAUCAAUUUGAAGUGACGAAGUACGAGUCAGAGCCAUACACAGACUUGAUCGGCUAAAAUUGGCACCCGCCAACGUGAAGUGCUCCACGGCUGAAGGGACGCCACCAUUAACGGCGCUUGCCGAGCCGACAGAACCGCGGAUGAACGUUUCCGCGGUGGGAUAGUAUGUAUUUUGUUGGUGGUCUUUUGGGGUAUUGUCAUUGGAGGUACUCAGGGACCAGCUUAGCAUCGCUCCCUUGAUCGACCAUGGAUUGCAUUUCGCAUUGAACCCGUCAAAUCUCAUAUAUUCGAACAAAAUGCUUAAAGAAGAUGUAUGGCGGCUUGAUGCGCUUAGUCAUCCGUCCCUACCGCACCUAGACAAGCCAUCAUGUCUGCAACAGCGUAUGAGCAUACUUCCAAGGUCGAAGUGGUCAUCGAACGACGUAAUGCCCAUCUCCUUACUCGUGAUGAAGAAACACUUGCAAAGCUUGGAUAUAAGCAAGAGUUCAAGCGUGCCUUCACCAUGUUUGAGACAUUCGGGCUCGUUUUUUCCAUCAUUGGGCUAUUUCCAAGUAUCGCCUCUGUCUUGGUCUAUGCCAUUCCAAAUGGUGGUGCGGUGUCGAUGGUGUGGGGGUGGCUCGUCGCUUCGCUGUUCCUGAUGACAAUUGCGCUGGCUAUGGCUGAGCUGGCAAGCGCAGCUCCCACCUCUGGCGGUCUUUAUUUCUGGGCUCAUCACUACGCCUCUCCUAAAUGGAGAAACUUGUUUGCUUGGAUUGUCGGCUAUGCUAAUACAGUUGGUACCAUAGCCAGCGUGGCGUCAAUUGACUGGGGUUGUGCCGUCCAAAUUAUGGCGGCUGCGACAAUCGGUUCGCCCCACUUAUCUUUCUCGCCUACGACAAGUCAGACCUUUGCUGUGUAUCUUGCUAUCGCUCUGUCUCACGUUGUUGUCUGCUGUCUUGGAACAGCGGUGCUAGCUCGCCUACAGAAUAUUUAUACAUUUCUCAAUAUUGCUCUCUGUUUGGCAAUCACCAUUGUCAUUCCUGCCGUGACUCCAAAGGAAUAUCACAAUACCGCGUCGUACGCCCUAGGCAACUUCACGAAUCUGAACGGCUGGCCAAAUGACUUUGCUUUCUUCCUUUCAUGGAUGUCACCUGUUUGGACGAUCUGCUCGUUCGAUUCCAGUGUGCACAUUAGCGAAGAAGCAACAAACGCAGCAACCGCCGUACCUUGGAGUAUCGUCCUCGCCACCGGCGUUGGUGGCAUCCUCGGCGCUGCAAUCCUCAUCGUCCUCAGUUUCUUCAUGGGUACGGACAUGGAAUCCAUUGUGAACAAUCCAAUAGGCCAACCAAUGGCGACCAUUUUAUUUAACUCGCUGGGGAGGAAGGCUACGCUUUCCCUCUGGGCGAUUGUGGUCAUUGUACAGUAUAUGAUGGGAAGCAGUAUGCUUUUGGCUUCUUCGCGUCAGACUUUUGCGUUCUCUCGAGACGGUGCUCUCCCCUUCUCCAGGUAUCUCUACCGGAUGAACUCAUUCACCGGGACACCAGUAAACACUGUUUGGUUCUCGGGCAUUGGAGCGGCUCUCCUGGGGUUACUUUCGUUUGCGGGUCCUGCCGCCAUCAGCGCCAUUUUUUCCAUCUCUGUGAUGGGGCUCUAUAUCGCGUACUCGGUUCCGAUUAUGUGCCGAUUCGCUUUCCGCGGUUCGGCGAACAGGUUCGAGCCGGGUCCAUUUUACUUGGGCAGAUGGGGCCUCCCGAUAGCCAUUGUCGCUGUACACUUCAUGGCGUUCAUCAAUGUCAUCUUCCUUUUCCCAAGCACGCCUCACCCAGGUGCCAAUGACAUGAACUACUCCAUUGUCGUGAUGGGAAGUGUUCUGAUCUUUUCCCUCACAUGGUACUACUUCCCAGUGUACGGUGGCGUGAACUGGUUUCGAGGACCAAUACCCACCAUAAACCCCCAAUACAUCGGCAGUGAAGAGGGAAAUUCGGACACCAGGCAAUCUGAUGUUGCCUUAGAGAAGAAAGUCGACACAUGAGUGCGAGUACACAAUGAAUCCGUCUAGAAGCGAAUCUUUGGGUUGCUAUCCUACUUGGAGCUCAAGCUGCUUAGUUCUUUGCGGUCAUGUCGUUUUCCCAGGAAGUUCAACUCGACAUUUAGGCCACAUCCCUCCGUCCGCUGCAUCCGUAGUGCUUUCCCUUUUACCCAUCUCGCUACUCCGAGAUUCCUCCUUUCCAAGUUGCUAAACCAUAUCGAGGCUUUCACCGUCUAUUUGGAUUUGACUGCCCCAAGAAUUACUGACCCCCAACCAAG